CUAUAAUUGUAACAAAAAUAUGGCUGGACGCGUGUGUCGAUAAAUAUAAAAAACAAUGUGAAAAACGUUGAAAAUCCGAGUUAUUUUACUAAAAUGUGGUUGGAGGCGGUAGCACUUCUAAUGCUGAGCAGUAUGUCAGCCAGCAUGCGUCGUGGUCCUCAUCACCCCCACGGACAGGGUAUACCGCUGACACACAGCCACUAUAGCCCGAGAGGAACAGAGAAGCUCACUCAAGAAUCUCAAUUAUUGCAUGAUACGAAGCACAUAGAAGAGGAUAUAAAAGUCUUGACACCUGAAUUGUUGGCCAAUAUGACCCCUGAGGAAUUGGAGUUCCAUUAUUUCUCCGCUCAUGACUUUGACAGGAACUCCAUGUUAGACGGCCUAGAGAUGUUAAAGGCUGUAUAUCAUACAAUGGACCAUGAGCACUCUGAAGCGGAAACUCCAAUAGAGCCUGAAGCAAACCAUAUUGAUGAUUACAUUGCCUUAGUGGAUAAAACAUUGGAGACAGAUGACACAGACGGAGACGGCUACGUUUCCUACGCGGAGUACCGCGCGGCGAGACUGAAUAAUCCUUCAGAGAGGACGCCUAGAGUUGUAGCUGCUGGCUCCAUAUAGCACAGGGCCGUGAUCCUAGUGAGGACCUAAGUACACUGGUAUCUGUCACAGGAAACUCCUUGUUGGCCUAAAGCGGCUGCCUGCUGAAUACCUCUGGAGACGUCUUCGUAUGGUUCCAAAUCAAUAUUGUUCCUGAAAACAUUUAUUCGUGUUAUUUUGUGAAGUAUUGUGCGUUGAUUAUUUAUAUUAAAUGACAAUAAACUUUUACUCU